UCUCCAGGCUUGAACUCUAACCUGAAUGUAGGCCUUGACACGGGGUCUGGCUGUAAGGAGCCUCAGUCUCGUCUGAAGAAGUGGACGGCCUUGGACGUGUCUGUUAACUCACCUCUGGAGCACAAGCCUGGUGUCUCCAUGUCGUCUGGGCGUCUGGAGGAUUCUCCCUUCGGUCCCUAUGACUUCCUGUCUGCUGGCUCCGCCCCCCUAUGCUCUCCCGGCCAAUCAAUGGGCUCGGUGGGCGACAGCUGGCCCCCUCGUGCCAAAUCCCCCCAUGGAAACACCAAUGUUACCUGGCCCCCAGAGUUCCGGCCCGGGGAGCCAUGGAAAGGUUACCCCAACAUCGACCCUGAGACUGACCCUUUCGUGACCCCUGGUAGUGUCAUCAACAACCUCUCCAUCAACACGGUCCGCCAUAUAGACCACCUCAGAGACCUGACAGGGCCAUCCUCAUCUCUGAACACCACGAUGCCUUCAAACAGUGCCUGGUCAUCUAGUCGUGCCUCCAGCCACAGUGGUUCACUCACCAGUACAACACAAAGCACUACGGUCAGGUCCGGAGAGUCUAAAUGGUCUCCAGCAGGAUGUAAUUCCUCUCUGGCCCAUGAGCUGUGGAAGGUCCCUCUGGCUCCUAAAGGUCUUUCAGCCCCUUCCCGCCCCCCUCCCGGCCUCACCAACCAGAAACCCCCUCCACCCUGGGGGGAAGCUCCUCUCCGCUUGGGGGGCUGGGGGCACUCUGACUCCAGAUACACACCUGGGUGUAGUUGGAGUGACGGUAGCAGCAGCUCAGGGAGAACCAACUGGCUCGUUCUCAAGAAUCUCACAACUCAGAUGGAUGGUUCUACUCUGAGGACUCUCUGUAUGCAACAUGGUCCUCUGAUUACAUUCCACCUCAACCUGCCGCAGGGCAAUGCUGUCGUGUGUUACAGCUCCAAGGACGAGGCAGCCAAGGCACAGAAGAGUCUGCACAUGUGCGUACUAGGGAACACUACCAUUCUGGCUGAGUUUGCCAGUGAGGAGGAAAUCAACCGUUUCUUUGCACAAGGUCAGUCAUUGGCCGCUGCCUCCCCGGGCUGGCAGGCCAUUGGCUCCUCUCAGAGCCGAAUGGGCGGAGCCUUGGAGGGUUCCCACCCCUUCCCCAGCCGCGCCCCGGAGCCCAGUCAAUGGAACGUCAGCGACCUCCAUAGCUCCUCCCUUUGGGGCGGGUUGAACUAUUCCACUAGCCUAUGGGGCGCCAGCGAGGGCGGGAGGAUCAACAGCCCUUCUCCAAUCAGCUCCUUCCUCCCCGUGGAUCACCUGACAGGGGGCGGGGACUCCAUGUAAAGCCCGUGUCAGUCGAGUGUCAAACGCUGGAUUAGGAUUAGGAUUAGUAUUAGGAUUAGGAUUAGGAUUAGGAUUAGUAUUAGGAUUAGGAUUAGGAUUAGGAUUAGGAUUAGGAUUAGGAUUAGGUAUUAGUAUUAGGAUUAGGAUUAGGAUUAGUAUUAGGAUUAGGAUUAGGAUUAGGAUUAGUCUCAAACACAAAGAAAAAAAAGUCCCAAGACCAAAAAACAAAAUGGCUCCUUCUCACUUACAAAUAUACAGGAAGGGGGUCACUCCGUG